CGUCGCCGACGUACGGUAACGUAAAGUGCGGCAGAUAAGGUAAACAUGUGGAGUGUUAAGUAGCAGAAAUCAAACAUUCUGAUGGAAAACUACACCAAAGCGCGAACGGUGGAGCAGCCAUCUGUCUGUCCGUUCCCUGACCUCGCCCCGGACACGCCGGAGAUCCGCGUCAAGGACGGCAGCAAGAUCCGCAACCUGCUGCGCUUCGCCCUGAGCCGCAUGGAGGCCAAACCUCCAGCAGCCGAAGAGACGGGACAACCUGCGCCCAAGGAGGGGGGCGUGGCUGUGGCGAGACAACAAGAACCCGCGAGCCACCCACUCUGCAAACAGGUCAUCUUCACCGCCAGCGGUAAAGGCGUCUCCAAGGCCAUCACCUGUGCUGAGAUCGUGAAGCGGCGUGUUAAGGGGCUGCACCAGCUCACCAGGCUGCUGCACAGCUCUGUGGUGGAGGAAUGGGAGCCGCUGGAGCCCGACGCCGGCCUCGACGGCCUCACCGUCAACAGGAAGCUGCCCGCCAUCUGGAUCCUCCUCUCUGUCGAGCCACUUGACGCCAGAGAACCCGGGUACCAGGCGCCGGGUCGAUACGACGCCCUGUGGGCUCAGUCGUCCAGCAGAGAGGAGAGUGGAGGCGUCACAGGACACCGGAGGAAGAGAGGAGGAGGAGGAGGAGGAGGAAGAGGAGGGAGAGGGAGAGGGAGAGGGAGAGAGAGAGGAAAAGGCCCUGGGCGUCAGGGAAGCCGGAGCAGAGACAAAUGAGCUAAUUCCGAUUCUUUAUAAACUGUGAGCAUGAAGAAGUUAGUUUAUUGAUAUUAUUAUUAUGGUUGAACAAUUCAUUGUUUUGUAAAUCCAAAGCAGUUAUAAAUCGCACAAAGGCUGCGAUUUAUUCAUUCAUUUUUAUAUAUAUCAGUUAAAAUGCAAUGCAUACAUCAAUAUUUUUAAUGGUCAUCCUUACAUUAAAGGAGUUCAUAUUUCUGAUGGUGUCUGAAUUAGUCGGGAACUCGUUUGGUCCACAAACCAAAAAGAUUCAGUUUGAGUGAGUUUGGCUGUUCAACUGAACAUUGAACUGCCUUCUCAUGCAGUUGAUAAACCACCACGUUAUGUGGUAAGUUUGUAUCACUGCGGUCAAUCCAGAUCUGCAACUAACGAUUUUGUUCAUAAUGGAUUCAUCUGUUGAUUAUUUUCUUUAUGAAGUGAUUAGUUUGGUCCAUAAAAUGUUUGCACAAACUAAUGAUGAUG